AGAAAAACAGCAAAUACAAAUUAUGGAUGAAAUUUAUAAGAUCACUUCCACAGAAAGGGUCCAGCUGUUGGAGAAAAAACUGGCUGUGCAACUGACUGAACUGAAGUCUGAGAUAGAAGAGCAGGGAGCUCUUCAGGGAACAGCUAAUCGAGUUUACAGCUCUGUUCAAAUGCCAAAGGAUAUUUAUUACUUUAGAAGAGAGAGGGAACUAGCACUGAAGAAAACCUUGCAGGUGGCCGAGUCGAAGCCCCUUGUUGUUCAGGCAGACGUCAUGCAGAGGGAGCUAGAGAGCUGCCUAAGAAGGGAGUACACCCCUGAAAAUUUACCUUUGCUUCUGUUGCAGUAUUACACAGAGAGAAUUACCCAGCUGGCCCAGAGUAAAUAUUUACACAUGCUUAGGUGGAAGAGGUUUUGCCAACACAGUAAGAUCAUGGAGCAACUUUAUCCUCUUUACAAGAAACACGUUGGCUACAUUAUGCAGGAGUACAAUGAUGCCCUUCAGAGAGCUGAAAGAUUGUCUGUUGCUCGAGAAAACUUCCUCAUGGGAAAAAACAAUCCUCCUAACUUAGUGACACAGGAAGAUCUGACUAUUUACACAAAGUGGUUAGUGUGCCACCUGCACUCUCGAGACUGUUCACCAGUACCUGCAGGCCCUCCAGUAUUUGCCCAUCUCCAAAGUGCUGAGUGUAGAUUUCAACCAAGUUGCUGAAGUUGGUCAGAAAAAUGAAAAUGUCUGGUCAAUGACAUUGACCCUGACAUUCAGAGUUCUGCAUCUCCUGACCCUGUGGAUACCAGCAUUUCUGGGCCAAUGAGAACAGAAGCUACUUUUGUCCUCCCCCAACAUGCAACAGAAACAGGAGAACUGAAACCUCAGCUGAAGCUCCUGCUCUCCCAUUUCAAUAUCCCAUAUGAUGUAGAAGAGCUCUGGGACUCUGCUAAGGAAAUGGAACUUUUUUCCUUG